UGUCAACAACCUAGGAAGUGUGCUAGAAUCCCAAGGAAAGUACGAUGAAUCAGAGGCGAUGAAUGGGCGCGUACUAGAGGGGCGCGAGAAGAUUCUUGGACCAGACCACCCAGACACCCUAGUAAGUGUUAUCAACUUCGCUAGCGUGCUUCAAAGCCAAGGAAAGUACGAGGAAUCAGAGACGAUGUACCGGCGUGCACUCGUGAGGUGCGGGAUGAUUCUUGGACCAGACCAUCCCACCACCGAAGUAAGUGCCAACAACCUUGAUGCGGUGCUCCAACUCCAAGGAACGU